AUUAACUUACUGUACAUGCAUACAAAAAUGUCAAAAUCAACGAAAACUCCACGUUGCGAAUGUUGCGAUGAAGUAAUGGAUGAGCUACUCACAAUUCGUCAAACAUUUGAAAAAAUGUUUCACAAAUUAACUAAACAAAUAAUUGAAUUGCGACGAGAGGUAACUGAUGCCAUGAUCAACAAAACACAGGAAAAACCACCAACUUCUGAAAGGUACAGCAGUAGCCCCAAUCCAACUGAACCACCUACAAAAGUGCCGCGUAUCAAUAGAGAUGAAAGUAUUACUAAAAACUUAGCAUUAAAAAUUAAUAAAAAUACUAAGAUCCCUAAAAAUGUACCUGAUAAUACUGACUCCGAACCCAAAGCGUCCGAAAGAGUACCACAAAUAAACCAAUUGGAACGACCUUUAUUGCAAUUAUAUAACAUACAAGCUCGUGUCUUGCCCACACAUCCAUUCGAUACAGCACAACAAUUUGAGGAUUGGCAUGCUAAGUUAAGCGCGGACAAGGGAAUGUGUGAUAAACUGAGAGCUGAACUCCUUCAGGGGCAUCUCAUUGAACCUGAGCUGCAUAUAAGAACUAUAUGGCGCAGAAUUUUCAAAAAUGAAGCAGCUGAUUGUUACGCCUACAGAGGAAACGGCCGCAGUAAAAAGCGUCCAAUUAAAAGUUAUUUGUUUACCAAAAUUUUUCAAGAAUGUUUCCUACAACGUUUUCGUGGCAUGGAUGAUGUUUUCUUCAUAGAACGUACUAUGCGCUUCUUCCACAAUGUGCACGGGCAAAUGAGAAAAAGCUUGCGCGAUAAACAAAAAUUGCGAGACGUUAAUGAACCUAGAGUUCAAAAUGAGGCAUUGACGGAUGAUGAGAUCGAAAUAAAAGACGUCCGAGAAUAUUCCAAUGACAAUGAAGACUCAAUAAUUUAAUAAAAAUGACACGAAAUUGUUUUCAAUGUGUCUCUACAAUAAGAAACUCCGAAAAUUUCAUAUAAAACUUCCAUUCGGAUUUAUAUGAGGUACUGUUUAAUAAUUUUAAUUGAAACUUCCAACUUAAAACAUAACAUUCAUAUCCGUACUUUAAUUUAUGCAUAUAUAUGUAUACGUAUGCAUGUAUGAAUAAAAAAUGAAAGAAAACCUUUUAGGUGCAUUAUUUUUCAAUAGCAUACGUGAGUUAGUUGGCAACGCUGUUAAUGCCUAUCGAACUCAUGAAAGAGGAAUAACAAAAAGAAGUGAAUGUCAGUUGGCUGCAGACUAUUCUUGAAACAACCGCAUAACAUUGCUCACAAUCAAUACUGAAAGGGGCACUAAAGAAAG